AUGCAAUCAAUGUUGAUGGACUUGGAUUUUGCGGUAUCCGCGGAGGGCAAAGAGGACGAUGAUCCUUUUUUGGCGCCCAACCUAACUGUUCUAUCUUCUCCAAGUGGAUUCUUGUGCUUCUGCGGGAAACAGGUUUUGAACAGCUAUUUUGCACGUCAUCUAGCGAAUAGCUGUCCUGUUGCAAAGUCAAAGGGAGUCACAAGGGACGACGUAAAAUUCAAAUAUGAUGCCAAACCCAAACUGAUGAGGGCUUUUAUUUGUGUUCCAUGUGGGCGACUAUAUCUUAAAAGAGACUCGUUCUCCAAACACUUCAAAAGGAACAAUUCUACAAAAUGCAGGUAUGAAAGGGUGAAUUUUGAGCGGGAGUGCAUGGCGUAUCACACGCUGCACUACAUAGGUCCAACGCCAGGUGCAAGCCAGUUGGAGUCGGGAAUAAGUGGGGCUGGUAUUUAUGUGGAUAGAGUUGUGCAGGAGAGGGCAGUAGACGGGUUGGUUCAAGACAAAUUGCCAGACGACGCUAUUUUAUUGUGUCUUGGCACUAAUCAUGCUACUCUAAAGAAUGAACUGGUUGACAAGAUGAAGUCGCCCAGCCGUCUGGUCGAGAUUUUGCUACCACUCCUUGUUUCAACCACUGGAUCAAAAUCACCAGCAACCUUUGUUCAGGCUGGAAUAGAGCGUGUGCGCAAGGGUCCGGAUUCCCCAAUGGCGUUUAUUUCAGGGGCAGACAAAUGGAUGCGCCAGUAUUCAGCAAGGAUGGUUGCCAUGUUGCCCGGGAGCGUUCGCCAUGAGAUGCUUUCAUUUUGUGUCGAUACUGAGUAUGAAAGCAUUUUCACGGUGAGAAACAUGAUCGAACCCGUCUGCUCGGAGUUGAAAAAGAUUAUUCAUUUCACAUGGAAGUCUUUUGGUUUGAUCCAUGGAUUUGUUGAUGAACGGGCACCACUACAAGUCCCAAAGUAUCUGCACAUGUUGAGUUUGCAGAAUGGAAAAAAUCUCAUUGACGGUUCCCCUAAACUACUACAAUACACGUCAUUUCAUUUCUUUGAAUCAUCAGAAUCUUUGAAGGGUGCAUAUGCCAUUGGCAGAACUUUGGCAACAAUUCUUUACAUCUGCCGUCUGGGCAGUCUUGGAGAGGCUUUCAAGUGUAAUGAGAAUAAUUAUAUUCGUCGACAGCUGGCGCUCUGCAAGGAGGUACAACAAGGACGGGUCAUCCAGACUCUGUCACCGCUCAUAAGGCAGGUUCGAGAAUACGAGAAACUGAGGAAGAAUGGUAGAUCAGGGGACUAUGUGUCACAGAAUGGAGACGUGGUGGUAUCUGGUAGCAGGUACCCAAAGGCUCUAUGGUCGCAGCUUAUUCCAAAGAUCAGGGAUAGGUUUCAGAUUGUCUUCUGUGAGAUUCUUGGAGCAAACGGGAACACACUUGUAUCAGCUCUAUUGGAUCCAUCGGUCAGUCUGAAAACGAGUUUUGGGAGCCAAUGGUACCACUUUGAAGUUGGUGUCCAACUAAACUUGACCCAUUUCCAAUUCAAAAGGGAUUACAGAGUGAUGGAGAAGAUACACUGUUUUGUGCAACUGGUGGCUGCCAUGGUCACUGAGUAG